GUGAUGUCUCCGAUAGGGGUUGUCACAUCUAUGGAGCUUAUUUUUGUAGCCAUGUUUGGUGUGCUCUUGAUAUGGUCCCUCUCCAAUUACUUACAAACCAGCUUUUCCCACCUUCAUAUGCACAUGGAAGGAGAAAAAGUGUUUUGGAGUCAACAUGUUCCUUCUUAGAAGGCAAGCCCAGAAUCAACAAGAGAAUGGUCCUGCGCAACAGGAUGCAAAGGUUCAUUUUGUCCCUGAUGAACGAGGCUAGCUUAUUUCUGCUUCAGAAGAUGGUUUGAUCUGCACAUUUGAUACCACGGGAGAUAUCAAUGAUGAUGAUCAUCUAGAGUCAGAUGCUUAUUUAUGCAGAGCUCAAGCUUCACAUUUUAAAAAAUAGAAGGUGAUUAAUGUGGGAACUUCCAUUGCCAAGGUAGGGCUUUUUGGAGAGAGUUAUCAGAAGCUUUGGUGUUUAACGCAUAUUGAAACCUUGGGGUACAGUUUAUUUCGGUUAUCUGUUUAGUUCAGGUUACAAAGGUAUAUGAAAGUCUUUUCCCUUUCGCUGUGUUUGGAAUCCUUAAAAUCAUCAUGGAAUUGGAAUGAAUUCUCGUAUGAAUCUGGUUUUAAAUUGUCAUGGUUUAAGACUUUAAUUCAUUUACCAAUCAUCGUGUUUGUAAAUUGUAAUAUCUCAUAAUUUGUUACUUUUAAUGGAUUUGUAAAUCAUUUUCAUUCAACUGAAUUCUUUUCAUUUUUUAAGCUUUCCCAACAUAGGAUUUGUGCAUUUCGUGUAUUUCUCUGUCCAGUUCUUCAGCAGUUCAGUAUUUUAAUUGAUGUGUUCUUUUGAAAAUUUUGAACCCCCUGACCUCGGGGUCCUGGAUCCGCCACUGACCGCAACACAACAACUAGUGUCAGACACUACACUUAGCGGCUAUUCUUAACUGUCACAAAGUUUAGUGUGAUGUGGGAAGCAAAGUUCAGGAGUGUAUCUCUGAGACUUGGGUACAUAGGAAACAUAUGUUGGGCGUUUCUUUUUUUUCCAGUCACAAGAGGAUCUUCUAUUUUGCCUCUUGUUGGACUCACUUCUGAAUCAAGCAUCAAGUACCAUAUCUGGCUUGGUCAUACAUCAAUGGUUCUUUUUGCUGCGCAUACUAUAGGUUUCAUCAUCUAUUGGGGCAUAACAAACCAAAUGAAAGAGAUGCUAGAAUGGAGCAAGACAUAUGUAUCCAAUGUAGCAGGGGAGAUUGCAAGUUUAAUUGCUUUAGCCAUGUGGGUGACAAGUUUUCCCCGGGUUAGGCGUAACAUGUUUGAGGUGUUCUUCUACACUCACCAUCUCUACAUUCUCUACAUCUUAUUUUAUGCCAUCCAUGUUGGAGUUGCAUACAUGUGCAUGAUAGCUCCUGGGAUUUUCCUAUUCCUCGUUGAUAGACACCUCAGAUUCUUACAAUCUCGCCAACAUGCUCGGUUACUAUCAGGUCGCCUCUUGCCUUGUGAUGCACUUGAGCUCAACUUCUCCAAGACCCCAAGUUUACACUAUAACCCCACGAGCAUAGUGUUCAUAAAUGUUCCUAAGGUUUCCAAGCUGCAAUGGCACCCUUUUACAGUGACUUCUAGCUCUAACAUGGAGACAAAUUGCCUCAGUGUUGCCAUAAAAAAUGUUGGUAGCUGGUCAAACAAGCUGUACCAGGAACUUUCUAAUUCUUCUUUGGAUCAUCUCAACGUUUCUGUUGAAGGGCCAUAUGGACCGCAUACUGCACAAUUUUUAAGGCACGAUGAACUAGUGAUGGUGAGUGGUGGAAGUGGCAUCACACCCUUCAUAUCCAUAAUCCGAGAUCUCAUAUUCCAAAGCCAACAACAAGAAUCUCACACUCCAAAACUCCUCCUUGUUUGUGCUUUCAAGCAUUAUGCUGAUCUAACCAUGUUAGAUCUUGUGCUUCCUGUUUCUGGCUCAACAACUGAAAUCUCACAGCUUCAGUUACAAAUUGAAGCCUAUAUUACAAGAGAUAAAGAAGAACCCCCAAGAGAUUCUCAAAAACAAAUCCAAACCAUUUGCUUUAAGCCCUCCUUCUCAGACUCUCCAAUCUCAGCUGUAUUAGGCCCCAACAACUGGUUAUGGCUUGGUGCUAUAAUCUCAUCAUCAUUCCUCAUGUUCCUCCUCCUUUUAGGGAUUGUCACUCGUUUUUAUAUUUACCCAAUUGAAAAUAACUCAGAUGAAGUUUAUGACUGGAGCUUCAAGGUUUUGUGGUUCCUGUUUCUACUCUGUGCAUGCAUAUGUAUCUGUUCUAGUGCAAUUUUUCUAUGGUGGAAGAAACAAAACGUUGUUGAAAUUAAUAAGCAGAUUAUGAAUGUAGAACUUUUUACACCAGAAAGAUCACCAGGUUCAUGGAUUUAUGGCUCGGAAAGAGAGCUGGAAAGCCUUCCUCAUCAAUCUUUAGUGCAAGCCACCAAUGUGCAUUUUGGUGCAAGGCCUGAUCUCAAGAAAAUUCUGUUUGAGCGCAAAGGAAAAGAUGUUGGAGUCCUUGUUUGUGGCCCUAGAAACCUGAGACAUGAAGUUGCCAGAAUUUGUUCUUCGGGUUUGGCUGAUAAUCUUCACUUUGAAUCCAUCAGCUUCAAUUGGUGAUGUAUAUACUUUGUCUGCCCUUAGUUUGGUUUUUGGCGGUUUGGGUUCUCUUUUUUUUUCAAUCAGUUUGGAUUGUCUUUAGUUGCCGUAAUGUUCUAUGGGCCUUGGAUAUAUUGGUUUGGUUUUCUGAUGUUGCCUACAAUGGGUGGGUACUUUUCAAAGUACACUCACCCCCCUCAAGUUUUGUUAGAAUAACACUCCACCCCAUUCUUAUCUAAAA